ACAAACAUCAGCGAUCGCACAACUCAUGUUUAUAUUAUUUCAAACAUCACCCUAACAUUCUAAAUGUGGGAACCGGAGUAUGAGUUGUGUCAUAGUUGUCAAAAACCACUGGUGAACGAAGAAAAUUUAUAUAAACUGCGUAAAUGGAUAGCAAUCAUCACAGCAGGAAGUAGUAUUCUUUUUGGUGCUAUUGGUGCUGUGGCAUUACCUUUCUUAGGUUUUGGAUCUAGUGGAAUAAGGGUUGCAUCAUAUGCCGCAUCAUGGCAAGGACCUUUAACAGCUCCUGGCUCAUUAUUUGCAAUACUACAAUCAUUGGGUGCAACUAGUAUGGGUAUCAUCUUGUUUGGAGCUACUGGUAGUGUUGCUGGUGGAGUGGGUGCUCUUGGAUUUUUAGCAAAAAAUGCUUCUAAAAUUGGUUGGUGCACAUGUGAUCAUGUGGCAGUAAUCGUAACGAGUAGACCAAUAUGUAAUGAAUAAGAUCGAGAAAGCGCUCAAUGCUACCGGAAAUGUUGGAGUCCAACCUGCUAUGGACUGGUUAUUUUCGAACCCCGAUGACGAAAUUUCUGAAACGGGAGCAAAUCCAGCCGGCGAUAGUCAGCCAACACCGGAAGCAUCUUCGUCGGGAGCACAAAGUAAUUCUAAGACUGAACCCGUCACCGAUAACCAGGAAGCGAAAUCACUUAAAUGCGACGUAUGUGGGAAAUUAUUCAAAUCGUCACUAGAAGUUGAAUACCACGCGACAAAGUCUGGUCACGACAGUUUCUCGGAGAGUCUUGAGGAAAAAAAACCGCUUACUGAAGAAGAAAAGAAAGAAAAGUUGAGGCAACUGGAGGAAAAAAUGCGACAGAAGCGAAAAGAACGGGAGGAAAUGGAAAAACAAGAGCUGGUUGUCAAGGAAAAGAUGAGAAUUAAGUCGGGAAAGGAAAUGGCUGAAGCGAGAAAAAAAAUGGAAGAGUUGGAAAUGAAAAAAUUAAUAGAACAGCGUAAGCGUGAAAAAGAAGAGGAUAGACUCGCCCGCCAAGCGAUAAGAGAAAAAAUAGAAGCCGACAAAGCGGCUCGUCGCGAAAAAGCAGCCGCUGAUUUUGGAAAUCUAGUUCCUGCUCCUGCUCCCGCUCCAGUUCCAGUAGCAGCCCCAGCUCCGGCACCCGCAGCUCCUAAGCGUGAAUACACCGAAACUAGACUGCAAAUUCGACUGACCAACGGUAAUACGCUCACCCAAACCUUCGGUGCCAAGGAGCAGCUGUCCGCCGUCCGACUCUACAUCGAAAUAAACCGAACAGAUCCCCCAGGUCCAUUCAAUUUAUUGACCAGCUUUCCAAGGAAAGUAUUUUCCGGCGAAGACUAUGACGCACCGCUUGACGUUCUUGGUCUCGUACCAUCAGCUGUCGUAAUUGUUCAGAAAAAAGUCGAGUGAUAAUUAUUUUUUUUAUAAUUACGAUACGAUAAUUUUAAUAAUAAUAUUAAUA